UAGAAACAUUAUUUCAUAUAGGGGUAUGCGGUUUAGCCACUAUUCAUACUAUGACGCUGUUCUAUAUACUGAUGAUUUCUUCAUCUCUUAGACCAACUUUCGGCUUUGGUCUGAUAAAUUUUAACAUAACUAUGGUUUGUUGCCCUCAUUCACACCCAAGUAGAAACUAAUGAGUUCUUGAGUUUUUACUCGGAUCGACUCACACAUGACCCAAAAGGGAGAUCAAAUAUGUGGGUGCAUCGAGGAACCCCCCACAAAUCCCUUUCCUAAUAUCACCAUUCCAGUUUGAUGAGUCUUUAAUAUCAAAAUGGCGGAAGUACACCUACCAGUAGACGCCGUGGUAUCCGCAUCUAAAGCCUGCAGCCGCGAAACACAAUGGGACACAAGCGCCUACGACGCCUUGAUCGCUAGAGGUUGGAAUGUCAACCAGCACCUCGGCCACAUUGGGGAUGCUCUAAUUCUAGCAGUCGGCGCCAACAAACUUCCCCUAGUCCAGUACUUACUCCAGCAUGGCGCCAAUCCCAAUGCAAACGUUCGCGGAGAGACAUCUUCGUCACUUGAAUGCGCCAUCACCGCCAACGCGAGUCCGGAAAUUGUAAGUUUGUUACUAGACCAUGGAGCUGCGGUUAGUAAUCGCAGCACCGCGCUUCUUGCCGCGAGUGGGGGGCACUUUGACUUAUUGAAACGGCUUAUCUCUUCCGGCGCUGGGAUCGACUCGAUUCCUGAUAAUGAGUAUGUGUACGAUAAUGCCCGCGAGCAGGAUGAUUGGGGAACACCGCUUCACGGAGCGGCAGGGAACAGUCAGGUUGAGUGUGUUUUGUGGUUGCUUACUGCGGGGACGGAUCGAAACGUUAGGAACUAUAGGGGCUUAACGCCGAGGGAUGUUGCUGAGAAAAGGGGGCAUAUUCAUUGUGUGGAGUUGGUGAAUAAGUUAUAAGGUACCGGAGCUACCCAGGUAGGCAUACCAUGUCUAUGGAAUAUGAUUAUUUCCCGAUGUUUCCAUAGUUUUCCGUUGUUUGUUAAGGGUUUCAAAUACCGUGUCAACUCAUACAGUGGCCUUCCUGGGUGUUUCCACUCAGCAUAGCUGGUUUUUAUGAUUGGAAAAAUAGCUGUAGGAUUAUUCGACCUUGAGAAUUACCCCUAGAAAUAAUACUGCUUUUUUUUCCUCUAGUGGAAAAGAAACGAGAUAAAAUGGGAACCGACGUAUUCAUAGGCCGUAGAGCCCUUAUCUUAAAGGGGGCGUCUGUUUCAACAAGCGC